AUGUCCGUCUUGCGCCACGGAGGAGGCGGGGGCGAUUUCCUCCAGCGGCGCCUCACAAAGCUCUAUACCGAUACCAAAACCUCCUGCGAAAGUAUAACUACUGCCUCAAAGGCCGUAGACGACCCCGAGUUGGUCGCUUUACAUCAGAGCUUCCAGAAACAGCGGGACCGCUUGCUCUCGUGGGGCUUGGAUUGGAGUGACGCCAGCGCCGCCCAGCCAAAUGAUAUCGAUGAGUCCCUCACGGCCGCCGGAUUCAGUGAUGUCGUCGAGAGUGUUAUGUCCUCCAUUCAGGAUCUCCUGAACGAGGCAGAGCGCGUGCAGCAUAUUGACCCGCCCAUCCUCCAGUCAAAGGAACGCAAGGUGGAUCUGCCGUCAAAGCCACCCCUCAGCACUCGACCACUCAAGGCACAAUGGACUGAAGAUGAUAUCAGUCGAUCAAAGACAAUUCUCGGCGACCUCACUGCCUGCAUCGACACCCUCUAUGACCUAUCCCGCUCGCGGCGGACAAUGGCUUCCAGCAUGUCCUCGAACAAGCAUAGUACCAGCGCCAGCGUACGACGACCACGACCCAACCCCGUUUCUCCAUACGACGCUUCCCACGGCUCAUUCUCCGAAUCCAAGGAAAAGGUUCAGAGCCCGAAGUCCAUCCCGCCUCCUUAUGAACCAAUUGCGGCAUCGUCGAACUCCCGGGCCGUUGGUCGACUUAAGACCUCCGCGGCCCCAUACCUUCUCGGUUCUGUGAAAGACUCGCAUGUCUCCGUGUUGGUCGAGUUCAUGCCCGUGAUGGCCAACUCCCAGAUGGACUCGAACAACUCUCGGCUGGAAAAGCUCCAGCACUCGCUCGACCAGUUGCUGCAGAAUGCACGAAUUGCCCACCUGGGUCUUCUGCGCUUCAUUGGUUACGCUCUUGACGAACCUAAUGCCCGCUACGCCUUCCUAUACCAGAUGCCCGUCGACUAUUUCCCCUUUUUACGAAACCCUAGCGAUCUUUUAAAAGAGCUCAAGCCCGUGCCUCUCCUCGCCAUGCUCCCCUCCGCGGAUAACUCCGGCGACAAGCGCAUGCCCAACCUGGAGACUCGGUUCCGUCUGGCCUACGACCUCUUAAUGUCCGCUCUCCACUUGAGAAGCCAGAAUGUCGUCCAUGGCAACAUCAACAGCAGUAAUGUCAUUUUCUUCCCCGGCCGGACCGAUGCAAACAACGAUGAAGGUGGCCUCGCCCCCGACAUGCAACGUCCUUAUUUGACCUCUCCGGUCCGCUUCUCCAAUGAUGGACCCACCCCAGAGCCGCUAGCCAAUGCCAUGUAUCGUCACCCGGAUGACAAGAGAUCUCUUGAGGAUGAUGCCGCAUGGGCUUAUGAUCUCUACUCUCUCGGUCUUGUCUUACUGGAGAUUGGCCUAUGGGCACCUGUCAAGCAGCUCUGGAAGCUGAAGUAUGAUCGCUCGUGGUUCAAGCGUCGUGUCGAGGAACUAUACGUUAAGAAGCUUGGUCCGAAGUGUGGGAAUGCUUAUCUUCAGGUGGUCCAGUUGUGUUUGGAUGCGCCUAAUUUCCACUUGUCGACGCAACCAAUGACCGAUCUCGGGUUACGCGUUCCCCAGAUAUACCAUUAUCCUGUUCUUGAUUUGUCCGACCCUGAUGGCACCUUCUCUUUCUCAAUGAACUUUCAAUACACGAUCUGCAAGAUAUUAUGGUCAUGCUGUCAGAUCGACAUAUUCGGAGCGCCGGCAGCAGAAGAAUUAAACGACUGUCUACCUCUGGCCCUCGUUCCAACCCCUGAGCCAGCCCCCGCUCCCAUGCAGGCUAACGCCUUCGUGCCUCCUAACUUCGACAAAAAGCUGCCCACCAUCCCGGCAGGUGAGUGGGGCGCAAUGGCCGAGGAGAAGAGUCCUGACAAGCCGGCCAAGAAGCGUACGGUGCAUAGACUUCCUCAUCUUGAGAUACCCGAUGAACAUCUUCAAGAGUGGAACUUCCAGAUGAUGCCGCGGCUUAGUCGACUGCUUCAGAAGAUCCUAAAGGAAUCUAACGAGUCCUGCGGUGCUACUCUCAUGAUGACCGGAGAGUCUACCGAAACCGCUCGCACCACUAUAUGUGUUACCUGUGCCAGCGUCAAGAAAGUUCGACAGGCCUUGAAGAAACAUUUCCCUAUCGGGCGGGAUGACUGGGAUCUGAUUGUCCUCCGUGGCGACAUCGAGCGAUCAAAAGUCCCCCGCAAUAAAAAGCGCAAGCCCGCUAAAACACGGCCCAACGGUUCAAACCAGACUCCCUUUCGCCAGCGAGAGUUGAACCCUUGCUACCAACAACGACCUCUCUGUGGUGCUUCGAUUGGUGCUUUUCAAAAUGAAGAGCACUUGCCUCCGGUCUCCUAUGGUGGUGCUGUUCUUGUCGAUGGGCAGCCCUAUGGAUUGACAGUUCACCAUAUGCUCGAAGCGCCUAGUGACGACGAAGGCCUUGGAGAUGAUGAGCCUGAUGCUCCCUCUCGCUCUGCUGGGAACUGGCCUCAGGCAUCACCUACCCCUGCCACCCAUCAGGAUCUUUCAUACACCUAUGCUGAUGACAAUCCUUCUUUCGAAUUCGAUAUAUCGGAUGGGGAGGACGAUGACGCUUCCUUAUCUUUAGGUGGUGACGAGGAAUACUGGUUAUCGGAUGAUGAUUCGUCUGAUGAUGAUUCAAUUGAUGGCGGCUUCGAUGAUGACGACGAUACUGCUUCAAUUGGUGAUACAGCCGGUAUUGAGCCUGGCGAAGAGCCUCGUCUUCUCGUGACACAACCCGCCAUCGACGAUGUCCAUGAUGAUUUUUUUCCUUCGCCCGAAGAUCGCGAUGACGAGCAUCUCGCUUCCCACUCCUUAGGAUAUGUGCAUGCAUCUUCGGGCGUGCGGCGUUGGACGCGAAAAGGCAUUAAGCACGAGAUUGACUGGGCUCUGAUCAAAGUAGAUGAGGCCAGGAUGGAUCCUCGCAACAUUAUUGUCGAGACCUCGUCGGCGCUUCCCCUCAGACCCGGCAUGCCUCAGCCUCCCCCAAUCUUUCUCAGUCAAAACGGGCAGAUAUCUAAAGCAAUGACGCUGGUAAAACUGCACGGACGACACUCGUUCUCAACGAGCUUUUGCGUCAACGGGAACUUUGGAGCCCCCGGCGACUCCGGCGCAUGGGUCUUCGACAGAUCAACCGGUCGUGUCUGCGGCCACGUCCUCGCCUGGUCCGCCAAAACAAACACAACCUACAUCUCCCCAAUGGAAGUAACCCUCGACGACAUCGCCCGCACCCUCGGCGCCUCCCUCGUCUCCCUACCCGGUCCACCAGCUCCAAGACCAAUGCCCUACGCAGGUCCAACCUCACCACCCUCUCAUCCUCAUCCUCACCCCCAAUACCGAUACCAAGCACCGGCACAAUUGACCGGUGACUUCAAUCGUCUCGCUGUGGCCGGAUCCCCCGGUGGUGGUCCUCCUAUACCUCCGCCCCAUCCUCAUCCUUUCGCCCACCCUCAUCAUCCUCAUCAUCCGGGCUUUGCUCGUCCUCAACAUCAACAUCCCCCUCCGCCUCCUCCGCCCCCGCGACCUGGAUCCCACGAGGCGCAGGUCUUUCGGGCUGUGUCGCCUAUACCCCCGUCUUUGUUGACGGGGCCGAGGAAUAUUGAGCGCUCGCUUGCGUGA